CAACAAAAUAUGCUGAAGAAGAUACUCCUUGUCGCGUUUGCCCUGACCGCGGUCAGGGCUCAGGUACCUAGCUUGGGAUGGUGUCCUGAUUACGUACCUAUGGCUAAUUUUGAUAUCGGAAAGUUUCUGGGAACGUGGUACGAAGCCGAAAGAUACUUUCAACUCUCAGAAGUAGUGUCACGUUGCGUGAUGGCUAAUUACUCCCGUGGUCAUGAUAAUAAAUUGCGUGUGAGCAAUGAAGUUACCAACAGAUUCACCGGAAUAAAACGAGUUCUUGAGGGUGAGAUAAAACCAGCGGCUUCUAAAGCUGAGGAAGGAAAGUUAUAUAUUAGAUACACAACUGUGCCACUGGUACCAGAAACAUCUUAUUCAGUCUUAGAAACUGAUUACAAAAAUUAUGCUGUUUUAUGGAAUUGCAAUGGUAUUGGUCCAUUUCAUACACAAAAUGCCUGGAUUAUGACACGACAACGUAUUCCUCCUGGCGACGUAGUACAACAGGCUUACGGAGUAUUGGACAAAUAUAAAAUAUCAAAAACUUUCUUCGUAAAAACUGAUCAAGAAGAUUGUGCGUUUUUAGACGCUCUUGGAUCAACUGAAAAGCCAAUAGCAAGUCCACAAUCUGAAAUCCCCGUUGAAGAAGCUCCCCAACAGUUGAGGUCAGCUAUUACGCCUGAUGAGACGCAUGUCAAUCAAAUCAAAGACACGGAAAAGAAAGUAGAGGAGCCGGUUGAAAAAAUAGAGCCUACUGUUAAUGUAAAAGCUGUGAUAACUGAUGCUCCGGAAAAAAUUGAGGAAGAAAAAGAAGAUGAGGAAAAAAAAAUAAUUGCUGAUAAGAAAGAAGCUAUUACAUUAAGGACGAGCCCACUGAUAAGGACUCUGAGGAUAAAAUUACUCCGUUCCGGAGUCAUGUUUUUUUUCUGGAUUCCUUUGACGUUGUGUUUGAUGGUGGGCAGUAUCAAUGCAUUGUUGCCGACAUUCGGAGCCUGCCCUGACGUUAAAACAAUUGAAAAACUCAAUGUUACUAUGUAUUUAGGUAAAUGGUACGAAGCUGAGCGUUACUUUUCAAUAAGUGAUUUUGGAGCUAAAUGUGGAACUUUCAAUUACAGUAAAGAAGAAAAUGGGUCGUUAAAACUAUUGAGUUCACAAAUAUCGUCACUAACGGGUGUAGAGUCGUCAAUAAUAGGACGCGCAAGACCUAUAGAAAGAGCUGACGAUCCUAAAUUUACUGUAUCAUACCCAUCGCUACCGAUCCAAUACCCCAUGCCUCAUUGGGUUCUGGGGACUGAUUAUGACACUUAUGCUGUGCUUUGGAGUUGCAGUAAUGUCGGUAUUUUCAGCAUGCGGAGCGCUUGGAUUCUGACACGAGAAAGACAGCCACCGGUUCCAGUUCUCGAGCAAGCGUACAAGAUUUUAGAUAAAAAUCAAAUUAGCCUUCUAUUUCGCGGUCAAGAAUAUAAAACCCGAAUUUUCGGGCUUACAAUCCAUUCUCAUUUUACCGCCGAAAUAAGUUAA